AUGACGGUGCAGGAGAGCUACACCCUCGGGGACUUCGAGAAUUACGCGCGCAAAGAGUUUCCAGUGGCCUUUAAGACUGUCGCCAACCCAGAAUUAUACAGCUUCUUAUCGCGACGCUUCAGUACCGACCCCGGCGGAACACAAGAAAGCGCAGUCCUUUACAUCGCUUUCUCGUACUCUGAAAAGCUCGACAUCCGCGUAUGGGCACACUCCAACGGCACGAAGGUGCAAUACUUUUACGAGGAACCAGGGACGCCGCUCAUGUCCAAUUCACCACCUUAUCAGAAUGAAGGUCUUACGGUAGUGAACACGUUCCAAGGACCCUUUGCACGUGUACAUAGCUCAAUGAAGCUAAAGUUGAAGAAAGUGCGAGCGCUGGCUAGAAAGAAAUUUUCUUUCCUGGUUCAGCUCGCGUUUCUCGUAACUGGGCACAUUGAUAGUGUCGGGAACCCGGAUCGACUGGAUUUGCUUAUGGAGCUCAAGGACCUGUGCAUUCACCUGCAUAGCAACAAGGUCGCCGAGGAGUCCGUAGUGCAGAGCGGUAGCGUCAUUAUGAAGGAAGAGAAGCUUAGGACGGAUUCAGCUGGAGCAGUGUCGCCGAUACUAGAGUUCGGGUGGCCUGCAUCGUCAGUGUCACAUAACGAUCCUGGAAGAAACGCUGGUGUUGUGUUCCGAAGCGUCAACCAACCUCUUCCCAGCCAAGAAGAUGCUAACAUCGAUUUGGAUAUGCAACCCGUCCGCAAGCGCAAAAGAGCUGGCAGCUCCUUUGAGUCCGUCAGCUCAGCGGAGCGGGAAAAACCAUCACCACAGCUCCAAGGCAUCUUCGAGACGCUUGUCGGCGGGUGCAAGGCCGAGGCCGAAGGAAGAUGGGCUCAAGAGAAGGAAGCGUUCCUGCAACAAAUCCACGAGCUUAAAUCUCAGCUCCGACAAGAAGAAGAAGGGACGAGGAAAGCAGAGGUAGAGAGUGGAGAGUGGAAGGAGAAGUACGUGAAGCUGAAGGAGAAGUUGGCGAGGCUAAUGGGUGAUGACUGA